AACAAUACAAAAUGGAUGAAUCACAAUUUAUUUACAUAUGGAGAAGAGAUGUUUAUUAAGCGACAAAAACGAUGUUUCUGUUGAUCAAAGCAAAUUAACACGUAUUGCAAUCCUUGAAUCUAGUCGAGAAGAACGCAUUGACGCAGUGGUCAUUAUGGAUGAAGAGACUUCAAGUGGUUUUAAUGGAAGGCUGGCAUUUUCUAUAGCAUCAUGUGUCCUUGGGGCCUCCUUUACAUUUGGUUACAACACUGGUGUAGUGAAUACAGCUGAAGGGGUUAUAAAAGAUUUUUAUAACAGAACUUAUGAAAGUCGAGAUGGUAAAGCCAUGGAACAGAGUACAAUGACAUUACUAUGGAGUUUUACUGUAGCAGCUUUUGCUUUGGGGGGAAUGAUCGGGGGUUUUAGUGCUGGAUACUUCUGUAACAAAUAUGGAAGAAAAGGGACAUUACUGAGAAAUAAUUUAUUAAAUUUACUAGGAGGAUUAUUAAUGAUGUUUUCUGACAAUGCCAAGUCUUAUGAGAUGUUGAUAGCUGGGAGACUUGUGAUUGGAAUAUGUGCAGGUAUAUUUACUGGAGCUGCACCUCUUUACCUGUCUGAGAUUGCACCCAUAUCUCUUCGAGGAUUUGCUGGCGUGUUCAACCAACUAGCUAUAACUUUUGGAGUGAUGAUAUCUGAAAUACUUGGAUUACAGUUUAUAUUAGGGACAGCUUAUUAUUGGAAAUAUGCUGUAGGUAUGACUAUUGUACCCAUGUGUUUACAGCUAUGUACUUUAAUUUGGUGUCCAGAAAGUCCAAGAUAUCUCAUGUUGUUAAAAAGUGAUGAAGAAUCUGCUGAGAAAGCAUUGAAAUGGUUAAGAAAUAAAGUAGAUGUGUCUGAUGAAAUAGAAGAAAUGAGAAUAGAAGGCGAAAGAAUGAGAAAAUCUAAAAAAUUCUCCAUCACAGAUUUAUUUCAUCAUAAAGAGUUAUUAACACCAUUAAUAAUUGGUUUGGUGAUGCAGCUUUCCCAACAAUGGGGAGGUAUAAAUGCUGUGAUAUAUUACUCCACUGAAAUUUUUGAAGGAGCAGGACUUUCUAAAGCAAGUGCUCAGUAUGCAACAGUUGGAGUGGGAGGAGUUAAUGUUGCCAUGACAUUUGUAUCAGCCCUGAUCAUGGAUAGGGCUGGAAGGAGAACUCUACAUUUGAUUGGUUUAGGUGGAAUGUUUGUAGGUUCUGUGGUGCUCACAAUAGGUUUAGAAUAUCAAUCACACCAUAAGUGGUUAUCCUACCUCUGCAUCGUAGCUGUUGUGCUGUAUAUUAUAUUCUUUGCCACUGGACCAGGUUCCAUUCCAUGGUUUAUUGUAGCAGAAUUAUUUGACCAGCAGUCAAGGUCAGCAGCUGUGAGUUUAGCUGUUCUAACCAACUGGUUUGCUAAUUUUUGUGUGGCAUUAGGCUAUCCUGAAAUGAAUACACAUCUAAAACAGUUAUCUUUUGUGCCUUUUGUGUGUCUUCUGUUCUUUUUCUGGUUGUUCACAUUCUUCAAAGUACCAGAGACCAAAGGUAGAAGUAUUGAAGAAAUUAGACAGAUGUUUCAACAGCCAAUAAAUGUCUCAUCAGAUGAUGGAACAGUUCAACGUGGGGGCAAAACUAAAUAUACCCUAAUACCAACAGAUGAACCUCCAGUAACAUAGGAUUGAAAAGUUUAGUUACAGUUAUAAUAUAAAACAAUUGAAUUUUCAACUGUUAUUCAUUUUUAUGGGUGUGGUAAGUUAAGUUUUGUUAGUAGUAUUUUUAUCAAGGUUUGGUUGGCAAAUGGUUUGUCACAGCAUGUUUGGGGGUAUUUAAUUCUUUUUAUUUUUGCUUGUUUUUUUCUUUCACUUUUCUUGUCCCAAAACUAAUUUCAGCAAAUGGUGAAAAUAUCUAGAGUUAGAGUCAUGCAGCUAUUUAAUUAUGAUUUCUUUCCUGUUUGACCAAAAUUUAUCCUUAGCAUCAGCAAGUUUGUUGGAAUACAUUCAUAUUGUAUUCUUAGACAGACCCCAUAUAGAAUCAGAAAACAUUUUCAUAAUUAGAGAAAGAAUCUCUAAUUAUUGAUUACGAACAACUAGCAUAAGAACUAGACUAAGGAAAGAUACAGUUAAUUAGAUCAGUUUGAAUUAAUAUGAAUAGACAUACUGCAAAUGAAUUCAUUACAAAUGUAAUACUGGCCAGUACAAUGUAUUCAAUUUUGGAAUAGUUUCAAAUGCUUUUGCAUUAUCUGAAAUGCUUUUCAUGGUUUUGGGUUGAAAAAUUUGGUUUUUGGGAUAUAUUUUGUAAUAUAUAUUUAAGGCAAUGUCACAAGUUAGUUUAUUAAACUAUUAGACUAUUGUUAAAGACAGUAUUUUGACCAUCAGAUGUCCCUUGUUUUUGUUAUGUUGUUUGGUUGCUUACUCAUUAACAUAUACCCAACAUCAUAUUUUAUUUAUAUAUGAUGUUGGCUGGUAAUUAUAUCAGUGAAGUUCCCGAACUUAACAAAUGAAUGAAAUUACAGGACUUUAUGGUAUAUCAUUGGAAUGGAGCUAUUACUCAUGUUAAUGUAAGCAGGUAGUAAUUUACAUAUUACCUCAAUUAUAUGGUUGUUAUAUCAAUGGGCAUUUUAUUGUUUAGUUGUUUUUUUAUGGGAGACAGACAAUAUUAUUUUUUAAAGGAAAUAUAUUUCUUUUUCAAAUAUUAUGUAAACAUAAAAGUCUAGAUUACUAUACUUAUUAAUCAAAUAUUUGGGAUUCAUGCUUUUAUACAGAUUAUUAUUUUUUGAUAAAUAGACAUCUUUCGAAUUCGUGCACUUCCCUGUAAAUUAACUGUGUCAUAAUGCUUAUGUUAUUACGUCACAGUAAGAAUGUAUUGUUCGAUGACUUUGUUUAUGCUGAUUUACUCCUCCCCCCGGGAUCAACCGAUGUAGCUCAUUCAUAAAAAAAAGAACUGGAGAUUGGUGUAUUAAACACAAACCUAUCAAUGUUAAAAGAUAAUCUCUUUUGAGGGGAUUAAUAAACUCCAUAAUAUAGAAAGAAAAAUUGGGAUACCAAUUGUUUAAGGUUGACGCUCAAUUUAUUUGCUUUCUUCAUACUAUUUGUGUAUUUGAUUAAAUCUUUUAGUAUGCUCAAAACAACAUUUGCUUUACUGAUGACAUUUCCAUGACUGUUUUUUACAAUCUUAUAAAAACAAGAAGAUGUGGUAUGAUUGCCAAUUCAAUGAGACAACUAUCCACCAGAGAUCAAAUGACAUAGAAGUUAACAACUUGUUCAGUUGUCAUACCGAAAACUUAUUUAAUCUUGUAUACUAGGCUUUAUAUCAGUUCAUGAUAAUAUAGUCUUUUAAAUGUGACUUAAUUUGAAAUAAAAGAGCUGAUGAUCAAUAAAGGAGUUAAUGAAAUGAAUAAAAUUAUGUAAAUUGUAUUAUUUUCGUGAAAAUGGUAUCAAGUAGGAAAAGUAAAUUAUUGUUAUAAUGACUGCAGCAUAUUUAUACUAAAAUGUAAGAUUUGUUAUCUAUAUAUCAGGAUGUGAAUUUUGUGUAUUUAUGACAUAUUGGUAUAAGAUUAUUGAUAUGGCUGGGUUAAAUGCUUAUUUAUGUUAUUUCUUUUUUAAUAUUAUUGCUUCAUUUUACUGAUGUCUUCAGAAAUGUUGAUGAUUAGAGCUAAUAUUUGUUAUGCAAAAUUGAGAGUUUAAAAAACAAAAUACUCUAAAUUCAGAAAUAAUUGGGUGUAUUUAUAUUUGUGAUUUUCAAAAAUAAAUAAAAAUAUGAGAUUGUUAUAUAAUAUAUAAAUAUAAGAUAUAAAAUAUAUAGAAUGCAUUACAAAAGGGGAAUAACUCUUGAAAUAACAGUAGAAAAUGUAUGAAAUUUAAGAAAAAAUAUCUCUUAAGACCAAAGAGAUUUUUAUAAACUGAUUUCAUGAUUUACAGCUGUACCAAUAACUAAAUUAAAUGAAACCAAAAAAUCUCUGCAUUAAUGUUUAACCUGUAUCUCCAUCAUAAUGGUCUUUGCCUGGGAUUUAUAUAAUAGUUAUAUUUAAGUUGUUGACAGAUAGAACAUAAGUAAAAUUCAAUUUGGUGCUUGAUCAGAAUAUUGUAACUUGUAUAACUUUGUGGUAUUUUGUUGUUCUAUCUAUGCAAUAAAACAGAAGUUUUUAUAUUAUUGAUAAUUGUGCAUAUUGAUAUUCACACAUAUAUUUUGUAUUCUUACAUCUUAUAUUUAUUCUUUGUGAAAAUGUAAAUUCAGUUAGAAUAUAUCUAUGCAAUAAAACAGAAGUUUAUAUAUUAGUGAUGAUAGUGCAUAUUGAUAUUUAUUUGUGUUUGGAUAUUCACACAUUUUUUUUGGUAUUCUUACAUCUUAUAUUUAUUCUUUGUGAAAUGCUCAGGAAGAGUGCAAUAAAUGUAUAGUAUUAAUGA